UCCUAAAUUAACGCAAGUAAUUACUGAAUUUACUCUCCCUCUACCUACCUCUUUCGCACAACAACCGCACGCUUCAGCAAAACCCUAAACAAGACGGCAAUUUAUCUCUAAUUACAUCGGCGGAGACGGCGAUUCUUCUGUGAUUGCAUCGGCGGACUUGGAUUUUGCAUCGGCGGACUUGGAUUUUGCACCGGCGGCCUUGGAUUACAGCUGACAAUGACUGGAAAGGGGAAGAAGAAAGCGCGUUCCGAUGGCGAGCCAUCAUCAGCACCGUCUUCAAGUAAACGGAGAAAAGUAACUGAAGCAGAGGUUGAGCGUAUCGUGAAGAUGUCGUGGGCUGAUAGCAAGAACACUAUCGAUACAGAAGUAUACCUAAUGAGGCAUUUCGAGACAUUCAUGGGGGAUGGUAAGAAGGGGUGGGCGUGCAACUUAUCCAAUAAACGCCCACAUCAGUUGCAAAGAUUGCGUGUAAGGUAUUGUGCAACCAUACUUGCGUGGGAGGGGAACAAUGUGAAGAAGGCCAUUGGAGAGAAAGCAACCUAUGCUUUUACUAAAUUGUGCAAGAAUUCAGGAUUCAAUGUGAACUCGGCCUUGCUUGGGUGAAACUUAAGCAAGUGACAACUAUACCACUUUCAUACUUAUAAAUUUAAGUAGUUUUUGCUUGGAUACUACAUAAUAAUUCAGACUUCGUUUUGAUUUGAAUGUGGAAAACCUGGUUUUCGAAUAUUAUGUUGUGCUUGUGCUUGUUUUGAUUUG